UUCUACAUCGCAGUAUCCCCGCUCAAGGGUGAGGCAUCGGCCGAAGGUUUCUUCAAGGCCUACCUCGCUCUUCCCGUAGUUCUCUUCUUCUGGUUGUGCGGCUGGCUCUGGAAGCGACAGGGCUGGACAAAAAUCGAGGACAUCGACAUCGACACCGGCCGCCGUGAGAUUGACUGGGAGGAGCACAACCGUGAGAUAGACCGGAUCAAGCAGUCAUCUUUCCUAAAGCGGAUCGCGCAUCGAUUCUUCUAA